CAGAAUCCAAGCAACUGGUUUGCUCUGGCUUGCUGUUCUCUGAUGGCUCCUGUGGUUUUAUCCAACCCUCUUCCCCUAUGUGUGUGUCUGCUGCUGACAACUGGCUUUGCCGAGGCAGGCAGGCUGCUGGUAGUGCCCAUGGAUGGGAGCCACUGGUUCACCAUGCGAUCGGUUGUGGAGAAACUCAUCCUCAGAGGGCAUGAGGUGGUCGUAGUCAUGCCAGAGGUGAGUUGGCAACUGGGAAAAUCUCUGAAUUGCACCGUAAAGACUUAUGAAACUUCUUACACUCUGGAAGAUUUGGAUCGUGAGUUCAUGGUUUUUGCCAAUGCUCAAUGGAAAACUCGAGAAAAAAGUUUAUUUUCUAUAUUAAUGAGCUCAUCCCAUGGUAUUUUUGAUUUAUUUUUUUCAAAUUGUAAGAGUUUAUUUAAUGACAAAAAAUUAGUAGAAUAUUUAAAAGAGAGUUCUUUUGAUGCAGUGUUCCUGGAUCCCUUUGAUAUGUGUGGCUUAAUUGUUGCCAAGUAUUUUUCACUCCCCUCUGUGGUCUUCACCAGAGGAAUAUUUUGCCAUUAUCUAGAAGAAGGUGCACAGUGCCCCGUUCCUCUUUCCUAUGUUCCCAGAGAAAUCUUAGGGUUCUCGGAUGCCAUGACUUUCAAGGAGAGAGUACGGAAUCACAUCUUCCACUUGGAGGAACAUAUAUUUUGCCCUUAUUUUUUCAAAAAAUCCUUAGAAAUUGCCUCUGAAAUCCUUGAAACACCUGUCACAGCCUAUGAUCUCUUCAGCCAUGCAUCCAUUUGGUUGUUGCGAACUGACUUUGUUUUGGACUAUCCCAAACCUGUGAUGCCCAACAUGAUCUUCAUUGGUGGCAUCAACUGCAAUCAGGGGAAGCCAUUGCCUAAGGUAAGUGAUCUCUCCUUUAGCACAAUAAUCUGGCUUUGGAUAUUAGAAAAGAUUCUUUAUGGAACUGUCAUUCUUUACAUUUGUCAAAUGUUGAGUUUCUCUCUGGUUUAA